AUGCAGGCUGCAAGGGCCGGUGUUGACUCCCAAAUUAUCCUCUUCGUCUUCCUGCCGAUCCUGAUCUUCGAGUCGGCCUUCGAGACGGACGUACACAUCUUCCAGCGGGAGUUCUGGCAGGUCGUGACCCUUGCUGGCCCGGGAGUGGCGAUCGCUACCAUCAUCACGGCCAGCAUCGUCAAAUACGUCUUCCCCUACGGGUGGGACUGGAACCUGUCGCUCAUGCUCGGGGGGAUCCUCAGCGCAACAGACCCCGUCGCGGUGGUCGCCUUGCUCAAGGACCUAGGUGUUUCCGAGCGGCUGAACGUUCUGAUCGAGGGGGAGUCAUUGCUGAACGACGCCACGGGCAUCGUGGUCUUCAUCGUGUUCCGAGACGCUUUCGUGGGCGUCGCCGACAGCAGCCCGGCGCAGGUGCUGGUGACGGCUGUGCGCAUGUCCUUCGGCGGCCCUAUGGUCGGCCUAGCGUUGGGCAUGUUCGGCUCCUUCUUGCUGGGAUACAUCAUCGACGACGCGAUGACCGAGAUCACGGUGACCGUCAUCGUCUGCUUCAGUUCCUUCAUCAUCUCCGAGGCUACCACGCUGCACGUGUCGGGCGUGCUUGCGGCCGUGACGGCGGGGCUGGUGAUGUCCUUCUACGCCGGCGGCCGCAUCUCCCCCGGAGUGGAGCACUCGAUGCACACCUUCUGGUCCAUGGCGACGUACGUUGCCAACACGGUCAUCUUCUUCGUCAGUGGUCUCAUCAUCGGCGACCAGGCCAUCUUCAACGACACCCUGGGGGGGCGUGAAUGGGGGCUGCUGGCGCUGCUGUACGUGCUGCUGCAGCUGGUCCGGUCCGUCGUGGUUCUCCUGCUCCUGCCCGUGCUGACGAAGUGGGGCUACGGCAUGACCCACAGGCAGCUCAUCGUGCUCGCCUUUGCCGGCCUCAGGGGAGCUGUGGGGCUUACCCUGGCCCUGAUCGUGGUCGAAGACGAUCGCUUCUCGGAGGACGUGCGAGACCUCGUGCUCUUCUACGUGGCGGGCAUCGCGGCCCUGACUCUCAUCAUCAACGGGUCGCUCUGCGGAUACCUUGUCUCCGCGUUGGGCCUCGACAGGUCGACGACAGCGGAGACAGAGGUCUUCACGAAAGCGUGCUCGGCCAUCGAAGCGCGUCUUGAGCACAAGCUGGACCUUCUGAAAGGCGACCGGUUCCUCGGAGACGCGGACUGGGAGAUGGUUUGGCGAUAUCUCCCCGUGUCUACCUCCAAGACGUACUGGCAUCGAAUAAGGCACGGAAACAUCAACCUCUCCGUGGAAGAAGAGGAAGAUAUCCACAUGAUACGGGACGGUAUUGUCAACGAGGCCGGUCUUCACGGGGACGUGGCCUUCAGGGCUCACCAGGUACACAAGUGGUUCACCCGAAGGAUUCUGCGUCUCCCCGGCGGGGUGGGCUACUGCGAGCUUCCCAGCAGGCUUCGUGUCACCUGGUACACCUACCACAAGAAAUUUCACCAUUCAUCGGCAACGGGAGACGACAACCAGCACCGCAAAGACAUGGAGCUUCAACGCCUGAACGCGGAACCGCGCAUGAUGCUAGAGGCCGAGGCCUGGAGCAACCUCAACGCGGGAGACGAUCCAGACACGUUGCUCCACCCGAAUCAGACGCCAGUGUCGCACACCCUCCGGAAGCACCUGGACAACGUGGGAAUGCUAGGGUUUCAGGACGAAUCGGGGAUGAUGUCCGACUUCGGGCAGAGGGAGAUAGUCAAGCAAGCAGCGGGAGGGAAGUCUGGGACUCUUUUCGGGACCGGCAGGGGCGGGGCAGAGGCGCUCCGCAUGGUGGAGGGAGUCAACAAGCUGAAGGACGAGAGACGCCGAGCUCGGCAGGCGGUCGCCAAGGCGGAGGCUCGGCUAUCCCGGCUCAACAAAGACAUGACCAUAUCCAGGCACAAGGGGUUGGAGGAAGACAUGAAGGAAUACAUGAAGCAAGCGAGAGACGGGGGCAUGCUGGGGCACGCCUCCAUCCACGGAGGGGCUUGCUUCACCAACAGGAAGGGGACGCCCAGCUGGAGAUUGUCGAGCGCGCUAACCCCGCCGGACUGA